GGCGCAGAGGCGAGCAGGGACCUGUGGGCAGCUGGCCGCCCAGGCAAAAUGGGGAACAGGGAGAUGGAGGAGCUGAUCCCCCUGGUGAACCGUCUGCAGGACGCCUUCUCGGCGCUGGGACAGACCUGCCUGCUGGAGCUGCCGCAGAUCGCCGUGGUGGGCGGCCAGAGCGCGGGCAAGAGCUCGGUGCUGGAGAACUUCGUGGGCAGGGAUUUUCUUCCACGAGGGUCAGGCAUCGUGACAAGACGACCUCUGGUGCUGCAGCUGGUUACUUCUAAAGCAGAGUAUGCCGAAUUUCUACAUUGCAAAGGAAAGAAAUUUACAGAUUUUGAUGAAGUUCGCCAUGAGAUUGAAGCAGAAACAGAUCGAGUGACGGGAAUGAAUAAAGGCAUUUCUUCUAUACCUAUUAAUUUACGAGUUUAUUCACCCCACGUGCUAAAUCUAACCCUUAUUGACCUACCUGGAAUAACUAAAGUUCCCGUGGGAGAUCAGCCACCAGAUAUUGAGUAUCAGAUCAGAGAAAUGAUCAUGCAAUUCAUCACGAGGGAGAACUGUCUGAUUUUGGCUGUUACCCCAGCCAACACUGACCUCGCAAACUCAGAUGCACUGAAGCUAGCUAAAGAAGUCGAUCCUCAAGGUCUGAGAACCAUUGGAGUCAUCACCAAACUGGAUCUUAUGGAUGAAGGAACAGACGCCAGGGAUGUUCUAGAGAAUAAGCUGCUGCCUCUCCGCAGGGGCUAUGUGGGGGUGGUGAACAGAAGCCAGAAGGACAUAGACGGGAAGAAGGACAUUAAGGCGGCCAUGUUGGCAGAAAGGAAGUUUUUCCUUUCCCACCCUGCUUACAGACAUAUUGCUGACCGCAUGGGCACCCCACACCUUCAGAAGGUCCUCAAUCAGCAACUCACCAACCACAUUCGAGAUACCCUGCCAAACUUCAGGAACAAGCUACAGGGGCAGUUGCUGUCCAUAGAACAUGAAGUAGAAGCCUAUAAAAACUUUAAACCAGAAGACCCCACCAGGAAGACUAAAGCCCUGCUGCAGAUGGUUCAGCAAUUUGCUGUGGACUUUGAGAAGAGAAUCGAAGGGUCAGGGGAUCAAGUAGAUACUCUGGAGCUCUCAGGUGGUGCUAAAAUCAAUCGCAUUUUCCACGAACGCUUUCCUUUUGAAAUAGUGAAGAUGGAGUUCAAUGAGAAAGAAUUGCGAAGAGAAAUAAGCUAUGCAAUCAAAAACAUACAUGGUAUCAGGACAGGAUUGUUUACGCCAGACAUGGCAUUUGAAGCAAUAGUCAAGAAACAAAUUGUAAAGCUGAAAGGGCCUUCAUUAAAGAGUGUAGACUUGGUAAUGCAAGAAUUAAUCAACACUGUCAAGAAGUGUACCAAAAAACUGGCAAAUUUCCCCAGACUUUGUGAGGAAACAGAAAGGAUUGUUGCUAACCACAUUCGUGAGCGAGAAGGGAAGACAAAGGACCAGGUACUGCUGUUGAUUGACAUUCAGGUCUCUUACAUCAACACCAACCAUGAAGACUUUAUUGGCUUUGCAAAUGCUCAGCAGAGGAGCAGUCAGGUUCACAAGAAAACCACAAUCGGAAAUCAGGGAACCAAUCUUCCGCCUUCAAGGCAAAUUGUCAUUCGUAAGGGAUGGCUGACCAUCAGUAACAUUGGCAUUAUGAAAGGAGGCUCAAAGGGCUACUGGUUUGUCCUCACUGCAGAAAGCUUGUCCUGGUAUAAAGAUGAUGAGGAAAAAGAAAAGAAAUACAUGCUUCCCUUGGACAACCUCAAAGUUCGGGAUGUGGAAAAGAGCUUCAUGUCUAGCAAGCACAUAUUUGCACUCUUUAACACAGAGCAAAGGAAUGUAUACAAAGACUAUCGUUUCCUGGAGCUGGCAUGUGAUUCCCAGGAGGAUGUGGACAGCUGGAAAGCAUCUCUACUAAGAGCUGGUGUCUAUCCUGAUAAAUCUUUAGGGAACAACAAAACUGAAAAUGACGAGAAUGGCCAAACAGAAAAUUUUUCCAUGGACCCACAAUUGGAAAGGCAAGUGGAGACCAUUCGCAACCUCGUGGACUCCUACAUGUCAAUUAUCAACAAAUGCAUCCGAGACUUAAUUCCAAAAACAAUAAUGCACCUCAUGAUCAAUAAUGUGAAAGACUUCAUCAAUUCAGAGCUCCUAGCACAGUUAUAUUCUUCAGAGGACCAGAAUACUCUGAUGGAGGAAUCUGCUGAGCAGGCUCAGCGCCGAGACGAGAUGCUUCGAAUGUACCAAGCCCUGAAAGAAGCCCUAGUGAUCAUUGGUGACAUCAGCACAGCCACUGUGUCCACCCCAGCACCACCUCCGGUGGAUGACUCCUGGAUCCAGCACUCUCGCAGGUCUCCUCCUCCAAGCCCCACAACCCAGAGGAGGCCAACACUAAGUGCUCCACUCACAAGACCCACUUCGGGCCGAGGACCAGCUCCUGCCAUACCCUCUCCAGGCCCCCACUCGGGGGCUCCCCCAGUUCCUUUUCGUCCAGGGCCAUUACCUCCUUUCCCUAACAGCAGUGACUCCUUCGGAGCCCCUCCGCAGGUCCCAUCUCGGCCCACGAGGGCGCCACCUAGUGUCCCAAGCCGGAGACCACCCCCAUCACCAACUCGUCCCACUAUAAUCCGUCCACUAGAAUCCUCUCUGUUAGACUAAAUGAAGUGUCUGGCAUGGCAAUUUAAUCACUAACGAAUUACGUGAAACCAACAUAGUUGAUAACUGUUGCAGUAAAUCAUGAGUAGUCGCAUGUGUGGACAUCAGUAGGCAAGUAACCAGUUUUACUAAUGCAUUCCUCCCUCGUCUUCAUUGCUCAUGGUGUGUCUAUUUUGGGAGUUCGGCUCUUGAAAGCUUCUUACCAAGGUAGGUUUGUAGAGCAGCCCUAUACUUUGGGUACCAUUUGCCUAGCCUGGCACAUAUUUGAAAUUGCUUUCGACAACUUUUUCCAAGUUGUCUACCUGGUAGCUCAUUGAAUAUAAUGCUUAACAGAUAUGAGAUAGUAGUGAGCUUAGAACUAAGCCAUACGUAUUUGCUUUCCCAUUCUGUUUAGGAUGGCAGAAAUUCUCUUGUCUAUUAUUAGUGCUACCACCUACCCUAUAAUUACACACUGAACUACUCUUUCCUUCUUUGUUUCACAAGACUGUUAGGAAGUGAUUUUUUAAAAAUUGGAAUUCCUUGAGAACAAGACUUUUCCAGGAGCACAAGGUAGUUUGCCAAGGCAGAGUCUUGCACUGUUUGCUCUAGAGAACUGCUCCUCCUGCCAAUACAUUUUGUUUCAUGCUACAAGCAUAGGCUACUAUGAAAUCAACGCUUCUGUCAAAGAUUUAAUUCAUUUCAGGUUUCAAGGAAGAAGCAAAACAUUCCAUCUCUAAAAAUGCCUGGAGAAAUAUAAUGUCUUUACUUACUUACAAAGUCACCUCCUCAUAAGUGACAUUGAGGACCAACCUGGAAAAUGUUUAAUUUUUCCAGCUGAUCUAAUUUUUGGUAUAACUGACUAUACUUUGUUACUAACUCCAAUUUAUUAUUAUUGAUUAUUAUUUGGGAUGAGACAAAGAUGCUUCUUUCCAUUCUAAUUUGCAAUUCCCUUAUAUAUUUGCAUAUAAAUAAUUAUGUAAGAGCCCUUCAAAAAGAGGUAGUGUGAAUAUCCAUUCUAAGUGCUCCCCCAACCUCAACACUGGGGAAUGAACCCAGGGUCUUGCUCAUCCCAGACAAGUGAUCUACCGCCGAGCAAUAUCCCCAAGUCAACAUUUAUGCUUUCUUAAGAAAGCUUGAGGCUUACUAUGAUAUAAUCAUGUUGAAAGAAUAAGACCUGGGCUAGAAGGAAAAGACAGUCAAAGAUACCACGAUCUAAGGCAGCCCUCUCGCUUUUACGAAUAACUACUGCAGAGUCCCUACCUAGCUCAUUUCAGAAAAUCCUGCUGAAGCAAUUUGUACGACUUAUAAAAGCAGCUUAUGGGGCCAGGGAUUUUUUAGCUCAGUGGUUCUGCCGCCUGCCUCGCAAGCCGAAGGACUCCGAGUUCAAUCCCCGGUACCAAAAAAAAAAAAGCAGCUUAGCUUGGAAUUUAAGGUUCAGUCUUGAGGCUGGGUUUUGAACUACCGAGGACCGGAUGAUUAACAUGUAGGAAACAGUCAGAAGCCAGUUGGAAUUCGGUCUGCUAACUGUUCCCAGACAGCAAAGCAAGUAUUCACUGAAUCAUGGUGUCUCAUGACAUUAUUUCAUAUUUGACAGAAGUAAAUCAGAUUUUACUAACUGAAACGUCUCCUUUUGAAAGCAACAAACGUGAUUUGUAUGUUAAUUUAACUUUAAUUUCCUGUGCAGCUUAUAUCCAAGACAGAUACUCAUAAAGUAUGAAGUAAAAACUUUUAACUAUAUUAAAAAGAGAAUUUGCCAUGUUCUAAAGGGCUACAGCUACCCCACUUGUAAUUGGAAAAAAAAAUAAAGAAUACAAGAUUUAGAAAAAGGUUGUAUCAACUUUCAAAUUUAUAAGUGAUUACAGAAAGAACAUUUCCACUUUUAAUGUCCUCUUAUAUCUUAUUUUUUCUCUUUGAAAAAAAUUAACUCUUUGCAAAUGGAAUCAAUGCACAAAAUAUGAAGUACGUUUCAACAAUAAAUAAAUGGAAAGUCUUACAUCUACAAACAGUAAAACAAUCUACAGUGAGUCUUUUCAUAAAACUCCCUCUUUUUAGGAUUCUCUUUGCUUCUUCCUUUGAAUUCUCUAAAAUAGGCAGCUAACAGAUUAUGUACUCCAGGGUUUGGCUUUGUGCUAACUGUGGCUUUGCAUUUUGCUGUAUUUCAAGAAUUUCCUUCUGUUAGAAGAAAACAUUGUGGACAACCACUGGUGUGUUCUCAGAUCAGCACAAACCAUGUCAAAAAACAAAUUGGAGACUUUUUUUCCCCAAGUCUCUUCCCACUGAUCUUAGGCACUCAUAAACAAUGGCAUUUGUCAUCAUUGGCUUUUGUUUUUCGAUUAUAGUCCCACAGAUGCACUGUCCCAUUUGUCUCCCCUUGAGCGUACGUUUUUAUUCCACUUUGCUAAGUUAUGUCUAGGAGAGCUGAGUCUCCCUGAAAUUUCAGCAGUCACAUUUGAGAAUAUUUUCAGGUUGCUGUGUCAUAAGGGUUUGCAUCCUGCUAAAGGCAGGUGCCAGUGUGAACGAAGUCCGAAGCUCUGGAAUGUCUGUGGAACAGCGUGAGGUUUAGCAUGCACAUUAGGCCUUAGGAUGGGAAUGUGGCUUAGAGCGUCUGUUUCCCACUCCACUUCUAAUUGUUCUGAUGUCCCCAGCACAGUAGCUAUAGCUCCAUCUCAUCUAGCAUAUGGGAAAAGAAAGAUGUUUUUAGGUUUGGAAAAGCUAAAUGUGUAUGUUUAUUUGAUAGGUAAAUCUAAUUUUAUUGUUGCAUGCAUGUGGACUAAUUGGAAUAAUCCUUUACUCAACUGUGGACAGAUUAUGGAAAUAGUUGAUUUAGAACAGGCAUAUUGCAUUUCCAGAAUUUACCUACCAAGAAUAUCCUUCUGAGUAUUGCUUUUAGCUGUGUUUUAUAACAUAGAAGAGCAGUAGAGUCUAUUUAUUAGCAGAUUUGCUAUAUGUUCAUCCCAAAACACAAUGAAACUGGUUUCUACAAUAUAAGUGUAAACCUUCUGAAUUUAGGGUAAAAAUUAGCCACACAGAUUAAUUUUGUGACUUUUUAGUAUAGACUGUAGCCAUAAUUCUCCAAUAUUAAAUGGGACCUAAUACCAGUAUGUGAUAAAUGUUGAUGUUUUCUGUUUACAAACAUGUUUUCUAUGCAUGUGUCUCUGUGUAUACCAUAUAUACAUAGUAAAUUUGUUCCUGUAAGGACAUGUAUUUUGUUUCUCUUUAAGUAAGUUUAGAUGCACUUGUUAAAAUGCCACAAGCAUGAGUGUGAUUGUAUGUGCAUUAUGUAUACAUAUAUAUGUGUGUGUGUGUGUGUGUAAGUAUGGGUGUAAAUAUCUAUGUAAACAUGUGCUUAGUAUGUGUGAGUAUAUUUUUUAAACUGUUAAUUCAAAAGAUAUCUUCAGAAGAUCUGUGAUAACACACAAUAACAGUGGUUCACUUCUCAUAACAUACAUGAAACAUGCAAAAUUUAGUAACUCCUGAUCGUAUUCAUUCUGAGAGGCACAAAGCUUAUAAUAACCAUGACAGCAAGGUAACAUCCACAGGCAUUAGUAUCUAAAUCCACAGCACUGCUAUCUAAGAUGGAAUUACCUUUGACAAUGUAGUUUGAUAAGAUCUGGAAACCUUCCUUUAAGAUCUCCAGGUAGAAUUACAAGUUAUUUUUAGAUUGCUAAGCUGAAUGUUCAAAGGCUAAGCUGAUUUAUAUAAUCAUUUUUUCUUUAUAUGAAAUGAAAAAAAUAGAAGUAUUCAGCCACAUAAAAAGCAAUGGAUUUUUCUGAAUAAAAUUGCUUUUUAAACGCAGGGGAGAAGUUACUUAAUUCCUUGGAGGUAGGUUGUCACCUUUUUCAA